GAAAAAACUGGGGCAUAACAUCUUCUUUCUGGAGAAAAUUGGGGCUAUAACAUUAUAUAUAUAGUGGGGUCGGCGUUCCUUUCUUCUUUUUUUUUUUCAUUCAAACAUGUCAGAUUUGGAGUCCAAGCAAGAACUGUCACUCAGAUGGUAUGAUAGGAAGAUCCUUCCAUUCAUGCCCGCUUAUUCCCUGUCGAUGUUCCAGGUAGUCGUAUUGUCGUUGGUUUGUUUUAUGACCACCGGGAUGUAUAACGCGUUGACAGGUAUCGGAGGCUCUGGUAUCACCAUCGGUGUUGCAAACAAUGGAAGCACUGCUUUGUAUAUUGUCUUCUGUGUUUGGGGGUUCUUUUCUGGAUAUCUUUGUAACAUGAUCGGCGUCAAACUUGCUUUGUGCAUUGGCUCUUGUGGGUACUGUUUGUACUCGGGUGCAUUAUCAACCAAUCCCGGUGGGGCAGAAGCAUUCAUCUAUGCAUCAUCAGCCAUUCUUGGAGCUUGUGCUGGAACAUUAUGGAGUGCACAAGGAAGUAUUAUGAUGUCGUAUCCACCGGAGGAGAAAAAAGGCAGAGCCAUCAUGAUCUUCUGGGUAAUCUUCAACUUGGGAGGGGUUGUCGGAUCUGCCAUCAGUCUUGGAAACAAUUUGAAAAAUAAUGAGAGCACAGCUACCGACUCCACUUACGCUGUGUUCAUCGCAUUAAUGGGGUCAGGUCUCCUCUUUGCAUUGGGUAUUCUCCCGGCUCAUAAGGUAUGGAAAUACGACGUGGGAGAAGAACGGGUGGUACUGUACCAGUAUCCACACUGGAAAUCCGAGUUGGCGUCGAUGUUUCGGAUGCUCUACAAAGAGCCUAAAAUAUACUUAAUGUUCCCGAUGUUUUUCGCAUCCAAUUGGUUCUAUACCUACCAUUUUAACGACGUCAAUGCUGCUCGGUUCAACAUCCGUACCCGGUCCCUCAACUCAUUACUCUACUGGUUGAGUCAGAUGGUUGGAGCCUUUGGUUUUGGCUUAGUGCUAGACUGGGAGCGAUUCAACCGUAAAACGAGGACCAAAAUUGCUUGGGGUAUUCUUAUGGCACUCACUUUGGCAAUUUGGGGUGGAGGGUUGAAGUUCCAAUUGCAGUACACGCGUGAGUCGGUGAUGCAUAUGGAACUCUACGACUACAAACACCGGGCAUAUAUUGGGCCCAUGUUUUUGUACAUUUUCUAUGGGAUGUAUGAUGCAAUCUUCCAGAACUUCAUCUACUACUUGCUCGGAGCAAUCAGUAACAAUCCCAAAAAAACGGCCAUUUACGGAGCUUUUUAUAAAUCGAUUCAGCUGGCAGGUGCAGCUAUUAUGUGGAGGUUAGAUUACUACGAAAUCCCCUAUAUUAACAUGUUUGCCAGUUGUUGGGCUCUUUGUGCUGGGUCCGUGAUGAUCGCAUUUCCUUUGGCAUUCUUUAUGAUUCAGAACCAUACAGACGUUGAAGAUGAUGAUUUGAACGGAGAAAUGGUUAUGAAACAAGCCGAUAUUAGUUGUAUAGAAAACACCAGCUCUACCACGGAGAAAUAAAUAUAAUAAACGUCCGGGACAAAAGGGAACACCUGCUGAGGUGGGAAAAGGAGGUGUCAAU